AUGGCAAAAAACCUCUCGUAGCCAUAUAGCAAAAACGUGGGGUGUGCCAUUCGUCGUAAGCUAUGUCGAUUGAUGAAUUAGAAUCAAAAAUGCGAUCUGAUGGUUAGCUGUACUUAGAUUAAAGUGCAAACUUAUUUUAAGCAGAAACCGGGAUCUCAAGAAAACUAGCCGCCUCGAUGUCUGAGUUUUUUACUUUCGGGGGACAUAUGCCUGAACCAUAACUUUGUCAAUUGUUGCUCGUGCUGAAAUUGUCGUUCUUGGAUGUAGGGGGAUGAUGAAAAUAAUGCGUUACGAGGCCCAUUAUCCUGUUAAUUCUCGUUUUGUCGUAUUGGUCGUUAAGCGUAAGCAUGACGAGGCAUUGAUUGACGUCGAAGCUUCACUCAUGCUCCGUCAGACUUCAUUCCAGCAUCAUUACUGUUUCUUGGAAACGAUGAAGAUGCAAACUUUUUAAAACACAUUCUGAAACGCACACAAUAUUUUUCAUACUAGUCAUCUCACCCUACAGCAUCAGUUGUGGUACAAGCUUUGCUGUGGAAUAGCCGUUGUUUUCAGUGAUGUAUCUGCUACUAAUUCAAAACCUGUAUACUCUUAGCACUCAAUG